AUGGCCAGCUCGUCUGCUUUGGCACAAAUUCUAAUGGGCGGUGUGACGUGCCAGCAGAUUUGGGACCAGUUGUGGCAGUCUCAGCGGGCGGUGGUUAUACUUGUGCAGUGCGGACAGAUGGCCAGCUCGUCUGCUUUGGAGCAAAUUCUAAUGGGCAGUGUGACGUGGCAGCAGAUUUGGGACCAGUUGUGGCAGUCUCGGCGGGCGGUGAACAUACUUGUGCAGUGCGGACAGAUGGCCAGCUCGUCUGCUUUGGAGCAAACUACCAUGGGUGGUGUGACGUGCCAGCAGAUUUGGGACCAGUUGUGGCAGUCUCAGCGGGAGAUGAGCAUACUUGUACAGUGCGGACAGAUGGCCAGCUCGUCUGCUUUGGAGCAAAUUACCAUGGUCAGUGUGACGUGCCAGCAGAUUUGGGACCAGUUGUGGCAGUCUCAGCGGGCGGUGGUUAUACUUGUGCAGUGGCGGCAGAUGGCCAGCUCGUCUUCCCAAGUAGAAACCGCUGGUGAUGCA